CGAAUCGGAUCGGCGCGAAGCCGGCUUUUGCAUCAGAAGCGUGUUCGCUCGGUUCGAAAGAGGAUGAAAGUGUUGUGCUCCGUGCCGUUGCCUUUAUUGUUCAGUUUGCGUUUUCAUUGAAAUUGUUAAUUUUUACUGUUGUCAAUUGCCAUUUUGUUAAUCAGUGUUUAUAAAAUUUACUAUUCGUUGAACAAUCGCUAUGGACGAUUCGGUAUCCGAGCAGCAGCAGAGCUUCUCCGCGUCGAUGGAAUUUGCGAACAGAAAGCGCCGUCAUUCCGCAACUCCUAGCGAUGUCCUUGAAGUAGAUGAGACCAGCAAUCAGUCCUCGCUCAAAACAACGCCUUACAAAUCUCCCGCGGAUCGCGAGUUCCAGGAAGCCAUUUCUCGGGAUCGGCUGCGUCGUUUGGAAUUCCUCGAGGGACAGUUUUCGCAAUUUGCCAAUUUUGCCGAACAGCGUAAGCAAGCACGGCCUCCGAAAUUUGGCCGUGUCGCUGAGGACUCGAACAACAACAACAGCAAGCGCCCCUUUAGAGCCCGGAAAUCGCAUCUGCAACGGGAGGACAGUGACAAUGGCGGUCAGGAAUCGUUUCAGUUCACCGAAUCGCCCGAAUUCAUCAGCGGCCGAAUGCGCAACUAUCAGAUCGAAGGGCUGAACUGGCUGAUCACGCUGUUCGAGAAUGGAAUCAAUGGGAUUUUGGCUGAUGAGAUGGGCCUGGGAAAGACGUUGCAAGCGAUUUCGAUCAUCGGAUAUUUGAAGCAUUACAAAAAAAUUAACGGACCGCACGUCAUAAUCGUUCCGUUGUCUACGAUCGAAAACUGGGACCGUGAAUUUAAACGCUUCCUACCGGGAGUACGAGUGCUGCGUGGACACUGCCGCGGAGAUAAGAAAGCGUUACGCGAAGCCCUAAUUUCGUCUCGUCGAAGUUGGGACGUUGUGAUCACGGCAUACCAUUUCUUCGUUGCGGAACAUACGUACUUUAAACAGCUCAACUAUCAGUACAUAGUGCUGGAUGAAGCUCAGCGAUGCAAAAAUGAGAAAUCGCAACUAUCUCAGGCACUUCGGCGAACGAAUUAUCGUAAUUUGCUGUUCAUGACCGGAACACCUAUCAACAACAAUUUGCACGAGCUUUGGGCUUUGUUGAAUCUUCUGUUGCCGGAUUUUUUCCGUAAUUCUGAGGAUUUUGAUGAAUGGUUCAAGGUGGAAGACUGCAUCGAUCCAAACCACGAAAGGGCCGUGAGGCUAAAAAACAUCUUGCAACCCAUCAUGUUACGACGCAUCAAAGCCGAUGUCGAGGUGGAAAUUCCGCCCAAAAUUAAAACGACCCUUUUCAUUCCGCCGACCCGCCAGAUGAACUACUGGUCCAAGAAAGUGCUCUGCAGGGACGUCAGACUCUUGAAAGGAGACGGCACCUAUACCAAGUAUAUGAUGAGGAAUAUAUUUCCCCAUCUGCGUCAGGUAACUCUGCAUCCUUACCUGAUUCCUGAGGAAUCGGAGGAGGAGACUUUUGUUACUCAAGAGAUAGUUGACGUUAGUUCUCGAAUGAUUGUGUUGGACAAACUACUCGACGAACUUCACAAACGAGGAUCCCGCGUUCUGCUGUUUUCGCAGAUGGUCAUUAUGCUGAACGUGCUGGAAGAUUACAUGGAAUGGAAGGGAUACAAAUAUCACCGGAUGACGGGCACCACCCAACAGGAAGAAAGACAAGCGAUGAUCGACGAAUUCAAUUCGCCCGGUUCGGACACAUUCAUUUUCAUGAUCACCACCAGAACUGGUGGUAUCGGAAUCAACCUUCAAACGGCGGACACGGUAAUUUUCUAUGACCUGGAUUGGAAUCCUCAGGCAGACUUCCAGGCCGAAGAUCGUGCUCAUCGCAUUGGCCAGACCAAGCAAGUCCAUGUCAUCCGAUUCACAGUGGUCGGAACGGUUGACGAAUAUGUGCAUGUCUGUUCCAAUCGCAAACAAGCCCUGGAUAAGGCCAUCGUCCGCAAAAGUUUGGGUGAUGUCACCGAAUUCGCCGCGAUUGACCACCACCGCAAAAAUCUCGAAAACGUCAACUGUAUUGACGUGCCAGCGAUCGACGAACAGCUGAAUGAAAUGUUUGCGGAAAUCGAUCGAGGCGAGAGGAAUAGCAGGGACAACAGUCUGGUGAAAAGCAUACGUCUUAAAACUAAGCUGAUGCGAUCGCCCUCGGAGGAACGUGAACUCGACAGUAUUAAACCGGCUCCACCGCAAUUUGCGCCGGAGUUUGAGCUGCCUCGGCUGCGACCGCGCAAGCCGAAGCAAAUGCGCUACUACGAGCAGCUCGAUCUCAGUCAGGAGUGAGUCGACAAAUGACCUGGACUUUUAUGAUAUUAUUUUGUACCUAUUCUAAGUUUGACUCAUUCCAGUUACCCGUUAACCAGUGCCAAACAAUACUUUCCGUUUACAUUGAGGUUUACAUCACGCAUUACCAUGAUUUUACCAACCGUACCUGAAAAAGAAACUUUUGAAUUUCAAUAAACGAUAAGACUUAGUGCUCGA